AUGUUGCCCACUCUGCUCGCGCUGUCUGCCACGCCUCUGGUGUCCGCGGCAUCUCAGGGCCCGACCUGGUGCGGCAAGGUUUAUCUGAAAAACGAGACGGAUAUUACACCGCCGGGCGGCCAGUUCAAUGCCCCUGCCUCGUCCAGUACACCACUGCUCGCUUUGCGCUGCUCUCCUGCCGUCCAACCUUUCUUGCCAGACGACGCCGGAACUUCUAUAUCCGCCAUCAUCGUCGACGCGCUCGUGCGCUACGAGCAAUACUCCGAUGCAUCCGGAAUAUCCCUGCCCAGCGAUCCGGCGAGCGCGACUCUGAACGUGAAAGCUAGCGUGGAUGGCAACGAGGUAGCUAGCGGGACCGUGGGAUUGAACGGGACUACGCUGUUGCCAUUCGAUCUGUCGUCGCUGGCUCCGCGCACACAACCGUACCAGCUCUCCUGCUCUGCAACUCUGUCCUCGCAGUCGUUCACUUCGGCGUCGGCCAACCUCACAUACCUUCCCACACCCGAUCCCAGUCAGUACGGUAGUGUCACGAAGCGUGAUCUGCGUACUGGAGGGUUGUUGGCAAAGUCGAGUAACAGCUCGGACGACUACGAGCCCGUCUUCCCAGUUGCUUUCUACACCAACUGGGGGGAUUACUUGGAACAGAACGACAGCUCCGUCAAGCUGAUCGAUUCUCUGGGCUUCAAUCUGAUUCACCCUAUACCCCCCUUCGACAAUGUGACUGCUUUCCAAGAGUUGGCCGAGGAUAUGGAGGAGAAAGGAUUGUGGUUGAUGUAUGAUAUGCGAUGGACAUAUACCAACCUAAGCGCCGUCGACUCAGAAACAGCACCCCUCCGCUCCCUCCAAAACCUCCUUCUCUACUACACCGCCGACGAGCCCGACGGCACAUCCGACGCCCUCGACGCGCCCCUCAAAACCUACAACCACCUUCAAUCCCUCGACCCGUACCGACCAAACUCCCUCGUCCUAAACUGCCAAGACUACUACUUCUCCGACUAUGCCGCGGGCGCAGAUAUCAUAAUGCAAGACGCGUACCCCGUCGGCGGCAAUGUCACUUGGAGUAUCGAGUACGAGACGGUCUGCACACCCGAGCAGGGGUGUUGUGGGUGCGAUAACUGCAAGGGGCAGUUCGAGGAUAUCAGGGAUCGGAUUGAGGGGCAUAAGGAGAAGAUGGAGGUGCUGGGAUGGGAGAGGAGUAAGACUGUCUGGAGCGUACCUCAGGCGUUUGGUGGUACCGAACUCUGGUACCGUGCACCCACCGGAGACGAGUUCCUCGUUCAAUCCAUCGUCGCCAUCAACGCCGGCGCACGCGGAAUCGUCUCAUGGAACUGGCCCACACCCGCAGCGACCAACUCUUCCUCCACCUCAAUCUCCGACACCGCUUCAGCACUCGCAAAAGCAAUGCCGAGCAUGGCAAAGACCUACAUCCUCCACCCCAACACCACAUACUCGCACGUCGUCUCCGACAGCCGCAUAGACGUCGGCAUGUGGACGCGAUCCGAUAUAGGCUCCGCAUUGGUGCUUGCUUCGAAUUUGAACUACGCGAACGCCAGUAUCGCGUUGUCAGAUGUGUUCGGCAACACAACGGCUUCACAGGCUAGUAUGGUGCUGGACGGCGGAGCCAGUACGGAUGGGAGCUCUCUGUCAUUCGGCGCUGUGAAGAGCGGUGCAUGGACAUUCAACGUGCCUGUGCAGAAUACAACGAGUACGGGGACAGUGGAGGGUGGCGCGCAGAGCAGUAGUGCUGCGAGUAUCUUGCCCUGGCUAUCACGGUUGACCAGGUGGCGGGCGCGCUUGGAGCUUUGA